AUGGCGCCGUACAACGAGGACGUGGAACUCAGUGCGAUCAAGAUCAAGGAAGACUCCCUCACCCUCGGGAGCAGCUAUAGCAUGCGGCGGGAACCCAUCUACGACCCGAGCCCCGCGCCGGGUGUCUUGAGCCGCGUGCUCGAGAGCUUCAGGCGCGCGCCCUCGCAAAUGUCCGAUGGCAGCAUCCACAGGCCAAAGAGCAACUCAUCUCUGGACCUCGAGCCCGGCCACGAGAGGGUGCUGAACGGCGUGCACUACUACGAUAUCCGACUCGCCAACCUACAGACCUCGCACUCCCUCCUCUCGCGAAAGCUCAAGGGCCGGCAUUUGCAGAUGAUUGCCAUUGGCGGUUCCAUCGGCACGGGACUGUUCGUGGCUUCUGGACAGGCGCUCGAGGUGGGCGGGCCGGCGUCAUUACUGAUCGCUUUUUCGCUCGUGGGCGCAAUGUUGUACUGCACAUGUCAGGCGUUGGGGGAGUUGGCUGUUGCUUUCCCCGUUGCGGGUUCGUUCUCGGCAUACUCCACGCGAUUUCUGGACCCAUCGUGGGGUUUUGCCAUGGGUUGGAACUAUGCACUGCAAUGGCUUAUUGUACUACCUCUCGAAAUCAUUGCGGCUGCAAUCACAAUAACGUACUGGCAAGAGGGCAUAACCAAGGCUUACUUUGUCACCAUCUUCCUUAUUGGUAUCGUCGCUAUCAAUCUCUUUGGUAUUAAAGGGUAUGGCGAAGCCGAGUUCAUAUUCUCAAUUAUCAAGAUCAUUGCGGUGAUUGGCUUCAUCUUACUAGGGAUCGUUCUCAACUGCGGCGGGACUCCAGACUCGGGCUAUAUUGGCGGUCGCUUCUGGCAAACACCGGGGGCAUUCCACAAUGGCUUCAAAGGCCUCUGUAGCGUCUUUGUCACCGCUGCCUUUGCUUUCGCCGGUACUGAGCUGGUCGGUCUGGCAGCGGCCGAAGCGGCGAACCCUCGCAAAUCCCUCCCAACCGCCAUCAAGCAGGUGUUCUGGCGCAUUACCCUAUUUUACGUCGUGGCCCUUACUCUGAUUGGGCUUCUUGUGCCCUACGACGAGGCCCGUCUCCUCGGUGCUUCCUCCUCCGCCGAUGCGACCGCUUCCCCCUUUGUCAUUGCCAUCGAGAACGCCCAGAUUGAUAUUCUGCCCUCCGUCAUGAACGCCGUCAUCCUCAUCGCCGUCCUUUCCGUCGGUAACUCUGCCGUCUUCGGUUCCUCUCGGACCCUCGCCGCGCUGGCGGACCAGCACCAGGCCCCGCGUUUCCUCUCGUACGUCGACCGUAAAGGUCGCCCUCUGACGGCCAUCGGCGUCGCGUCUGCCGUCGGUCUCCUCGCCUACCUCGCCGACUUGAAGCAGCAAGACCAGGUCCUCGACUGGCUCCUCGCCAUCUCGGGCCUGUCAUCCAUCUUCACCUGGGCUUCCAUCUGCCUCUGCCACAUCCGCUUCCGCCACGCCUGGGCCCGUAAAGGCCACGGCCUGCACGAGCUCGCUUUCCGCUCCCAGGUCGGCAUCAUCGGCUCGUGGUGCGGCCUCAUCAUGAACGUCCUCGUGCUCAUCGCCCAGUUCUGGGUCGGUGCUUUCCCCGUCGGCUGGGAGACUUGGGACGCCGAGUCCGUCGCGAAGAAUUUCUUUUUGCGGUACGCCGCGUUCCCCAUCGUGGCCAUCAUGUACGUCGCGCACAAGUUUUACUUCCGGACCGUCUUUAUCCGUAUCGAGGACAUGGACGUCACUACGGGCCGAAGAGACUUUAACCUUGGUAUCCUGGUUGCCCAGGAGCAGGAGGAGAGGCGGUCGUGGCCUAGGUGGAAGCGCGUGUACAAGUUUUUGUGUUGA